CAUCCAGGCGGCACCAUGUCGGCAGUGGCAGACACGGGGGGCACAUGCCGACUAAGUUAUUUUACCGGUUCAGGGAGCUACCGGUUGGAAAUCCACCAUUCGUCAAUGCUUUUAGAUUCGUGCGGUUGGACCCCACAAAAUUUCUUUUUCUCUGUCACUGUCGGACGCCGUCAUGGGCGACGGCGCCGACCAGCCACCCCGCCGCUGGAUCCUCCUUCCCCGGCCGGCCAUGGCGACCACCACGCGUACAAGUACAAAAGCCCUCAUGGUCCAAUGAGAUCCAGCGAGACAGGUUCGUCCCCAUCUAGCCCGGUCAGCUCUCGUACCCUGCAUCAACCAGAUCCCGUGGGCGUCGGGGUGACCUGCUCCGGCGAGGUUCCUCGAUCCCGCCCGCCACAAGCCCGUCCACGGGCAGCCGUGCUCGCCGUUGGUGGCUACGUGCAGCACGGGCACCACGGCGGGGCACCGCGCACCGUUGUCGCCGGAUCUGGCGACUCCAAGCCUGACCGCCAUUGGAUCUGAUCAUCGGCCUCCUGCAUCUUCAGUUUCAGAUAUUUGAUUGUUUGUGCAGAGGGCAUGUGUUACACUUUUCUGAAAGAGAACCAAGAGUGAAUCAAUUUCAGAAAUCAAGUUACAUCUAUGUACCUGUGUGUGUAGCUGAGUUGUGCAAGAUAUGUGAAAUUUAUAUUUCAAUCUGUAACUUGUUAUUUGAGUGAAAUUUACAUCUAUGUGUGUGUAGCCAUUGGUAUUGGUGUACAGAGGGCAUGUUCAAAGAAGAUUUCAGUUACAUCUAUGUACCAAUUUCAAUAUAAACAAACGGGUCAAAAAUGUAUUGAGUUACAUCUAUGUACCUGUGUGUGUAGCUAUUGGUAUUGAGUUACAUCUGUUAUUUGAAAUGAACGGAUUUGACUCGGUU